AGAAGACCUCCAGGGCGCACAGACUUUGGCUAACAACAACAAAGCAGUCAAUUUGUGAGCUUAGAUCGUAAUAACACGAUGUAUGUUGAGAUGGUGGUCAGAAACUAGUUGUUUGCUUUAGUGUAGCCUACAUUGGAACACUGAACAUAUCCUGAGGGGAGCAUCAGCUUGAGGAAUAACGGGUUCAUGAGCCAUGAGCAGGCCCACCACCACCACAGUCUUUUUCACCCGCGGCAAAGAGGAUGAACAGCUGUGGACAAUACAAGGAGGAGGGGCCCAGAACAGGACCACCACCACUACGACAGCCAUCACUGGCGACGAAGCCAGACACUUCUACCAAAACCUUUUUGAGGACAGGAAAGGAGAAGAAGAAGAAGAGGAGGAGGAGGAAGGGGAUGAUCGUCAACAGACAGAAACUAACUCCGAGGACCCCAGGAAGGCGGCAGGAGCUUCGAGCAGCGGUCGCAAAAGCAAAGGCGUGCGAGGCGAGGAACGGAGGAAAGCUCCGCGAAAGAGGCGAGCUGGUCAACAUGGCGGGGGAUGCGAGGGAGCUCGGCGGCGCGUAUCAGCAACAGCCGCAGCCCAUGAAGAGAGCCGAACGUCAAGAUCAGCACACCUGCCUCAAGCUCAGAAUGCUCAGGUCAGAGAGAGGGAGGGUCAUCGUCUCCUCCGUGUGGCCCAGGAUGGAGACCUCUCCGCCCUUCGCAAGCUCCUCAACUCCUCAUCCCCGCCAGUGGACAUCAACUUCCACGACGACUUCUACUGGACGGCGGUGAUGUGUGCCAGCCACGCAGGCCGUGCGGAGGCGGUGGCGUUGCUCCUGGAGCGCGGCGCGUCCUGGGUGGGGGUGGUGGACACGCGGGGGAGGGACGCCCGGCGCCUGGCGGAGCAGGCCGGCCACCAGGACGUGGUGAGGGUGCUGGACGCGCACGGGGCACGCACGGACGACGCGCACAGGCACGGCCAAGGGACACAGCAGGCAAGCACACAGGAGGUCCCUCGUUGGUGUUCGGUGUGCGAGUGCCUCCACAGCGACUCCGAUGGCCGCCACCAGGCCUCCACGCUGCACCAGUUCAACCGCGGCCGCCUGCACCUGUCGGAGCCCGUGGGCCCCCACUACUGCCUGCCCCCCUCCAGCGCUGGCUACCGCAUGAUGCUGCGCAGCGGCUGGAACCCCGGAUCAGGACUGGGGCCCCAGGGACAGGGCCCCCAUCAGCCCGUGCGCACCGUUCUGAAGAGGGACCAGGCCGGGUUGGGCUACGGCCCCUCCCCCCGCGCCCGCGUCACCCACUUCCAGGCCAAGGACCCUCAGGCAGUGCGGCGGACACCUAAGCCCUCCGUCUUUGCCACUGCAGCCAAUGAGAGGCGGGAGAGAGGAGCCACACUCAGCGUCCAGGCCCAGAGGAGGAAAGAGGAACGGCAGAAGGGAUGGGAGAGAGACUUUAGGUCUUCGUUCAAUAUCGACCCCUAAACUUACAAUAUAGAAAAAAGAAAGAAAGCCCAUUGGGAAAAUCCAACUCCCAUUGUCAUUGUCAUUGUGACACAGCACUCCACAGCACACAAGUGAACACUGCACACUGCACACAACGAAAUUGCAUGUAUGCCUCACCCGUGCAAGGGGGCAGCCCUCCGUGGCGCCCCAUGGGGAGCAGUGCUGUGGGACGGUACCAUGCUCAGGUUACCUUAGUCAUGCUGAAUUGAGCCAGGGGAACUACUGUAGCGCUCCGAAGUCAUUUUCCACCGAAAGAAAGGGACUCACUCUCAGUGCUCAGGUUCAGAGGAGGGGACCGUCUACUACGCGGCCGACCCGGGUUCGAUUCCAGCCUGGGCCCUUUGCCGACGCUUGCCCAUAUCUCUCUCCCAACUCGCUUCACGUCUACCCUCCACUGUCCUGUCAUGAAAAAAACGAAUAAAGGCUUGAAAAAAUACUCUGGUUCAGAGAAGGAAAGAGGAGACCCCUAACCUGUCUGACUGAAUUGGACCAGUGGGACGAAUACUACCACUAAGGCAGAGACUUCAGGGCUUAACUGAUUUGAUCCACUUUAACCAAAGGGCAGAGUAUCCACUUAUGGCGCACUCAGGCCGACUGAGAACCGUGCUGGUGCCCGUUCCCGCACCUAAUAGUGAACCGGCUGUCGUGUUCACGCCACAGAUAUUAGCGUUCGCAAACCGGAAAGUUGGUUCGCAAUGCGAACCGCAAAAUACUUGUUUUUUCUCCGUGAACCGUGACGACAGUGUGGCCGUCAGCAGGUUCAUCCAGGUAACCUGCUGGUCACGUGCGGGGAAAAGUUCAGAGCCCACUAUGAAGUGGGGCGGUUUGCAGAUAAACAUUCUAGAGCCGGACAUAACUCUGUUACGGCACCAACUCUGUUCUGGUCGGCCUGAAAACCACUUGUGAGGAGAGAGAGGGGUGCCACACUGCGUGCUGAAGGCCCAGAGGGGGAAAGAGGAAGAGGCAGAGGGGAUGGGAAAGGGACAUCAGAGCCUCGUUCAAUAUCGCCCCCUAACCUGAACUGACUGACUUACUUGGGCCAAAGCAACCAGCGCCCCAAAGUUCAAGAGGCUGAGCGAAUUGGACCAUGCGAAAUACAGUACUGGAAGUUCUGGACACUUGUGUAUUGUUAAAAAAAAAAAAGUGUUGCGUUUUUUGUUGAGUUAUUUUUUAUUAAAUAAAUGAUUUGUACUUUUUUCCUCAUUGUCCUGUUUUAGACCAAAGUCUGACUGUAAGCGUCUGGCGAUAUUGUCUGGAAGGAACAAGUCGUCCUGCACAGUGAGUGAUAAAAGGUUGUUGACCUCUGACUGACCUUUGUAAGCUGGAGUGUGGUCAGGAUAGAAUAAGUGCACAGCGUAGGGGGGGCCUAGCCUGAUUAUCAU